GGCUCGACGCGGGCGUUCCCUCCGCACCACCCGAUGAUCCCGGUGGACUACCAGCUGACCGGGCAGCCGGUGCUCAUCGGCGGCACCAUGGGCACCUGCAGCUACGUGCUCACCGGCACCGAGCGGGGCAUGCUCGAGACGUUCGGGUCGACCUGUCACGGGGCGGGGCGAGCCAUGUCGCGGGCCAAGUCGCGCCGCAACCUGGAGUACCAGCAGGUGCUGGCCAAAAUGAACGAGAUGGGCAUCUCUGUGCGCGUGGCCUCGCCCAAGCUGGUGAUGGAGGAGGCGCCAGAGUCCUACAAGAACGUGACGGACGUGGUGGACACGUGCCACGCGGCCGGCAUCAGCAAGAAGUGCAUCAAGCUGAGGCCGGUGGCCGUUAUCAAGGGCUGAGCCCCCGCCGGUGCGGUGUGACGGGAGACGUGAGGGACCGGCCCGGUGUGCUGGGCGCUCCGGGCCGGGCCGGCGGCCUGUGGAGCCUGGGCGGCCGGUGGGGAGCGGGUCGGUCCGGGCCGGGUGGGGCUAGCCGGUGACGCGCCGGCAACAGCUGGAGCUCGUGACCUCGCUGCCGCGCUGAUGCUGGAAGCGAGGUCUCGCAGGGUGGGGCGUGUGCUCCGGGCGGGCUCUUCCCCGUCCCGGGCGUUGUUGGGCUGGGCCCGAGAGAAUGCCCUGGAGGGAAGCUUGCGGCGGCGCGACCACGCCAUGCGUCCUAACAUUCUGCCUUCUCUCGGUUGCCAUGCGGUGCUGUUACGUGAUAUUUUCCAAAUGCCUCCUGAAUACAUUAGAGUGCUCUUGCA